UCGACUUGGACCAGUAACAGGAAGAUACCAGGAUGGCAGCAAUGAGCCAGAAACGGAGCUGCGGAGAUGUAAUGGCAGACCUCAAGGAGUUUAUAUGGAACCCAAGAACCAGGGAAUUCAUGGGGAGAACGGGGAGCAGCUGGGCACUAAUUAUAACCUUCUACCUGGUGUUUUACGCCUUCCUCACCGCUGUGUUUUGUCUCAGUAUGUGGGUGAUGUUACAGACACUCGACGACUAUUUCCCAACGUAUGCGGACCGUCUGGCUAACCCAGGUUUGAUGAUUCGUCCUAAAACAGAAGGUUUGCAGAUUGUGUUCAGUAACGAAUCAUCGAGUUGGCAGCCAUAUGUUCAGGCAUUGGAUACAGUGCUGAAUGACUAUAAUGACAGUGUACAGCUGCAGCGUGGCUUUACGUGCACCAACGGUACCUACAAUAUACAAGAUGACAACGGAGAUGUCAGGAACUUCCCCAAGAAAGCCUGCCCGUUUCUACGUAGCUCGCUGGGUGCAUGUGAUGGGCUGACAGACCCCACAUAUGGGUACAGCAAAGGAACACCCUGUGUCCUCAUCAAAAUGAACAGAGUUAUAAAAUUUCUCCCAGGCAUCAUCCCCAGCUUAUCAAAUACUACAAUAACUGUAAACUGCUCUGCAACGAAGUCGAAAUCAGCUGUGAAUGUUUCGACCGCCGCCAAUAAUGGGCCUUUGGGGAAUAUGACUUAUUACCCGGGUAACAAAGCCUUUGGGAGCAUUGAUCUGAAGUAUUUCCCUUACUAUGGCGACAGGGCACAGGGAAACUACUCCCAGCCACUGGUAGCGGUCCAGUUUCUCAACCCUACUCCAAAUACGGCCUUCUCCGUGCAGUGUCAAGUUAACUCGGCUAACAUCAACAGCAAUGAUGAUCGAGACAAGUUCGCUGGACGCGUCAUCUUCAAUCUCCGAUUCAAUAAAUGAUAGUGACCACAAGCAACGCUCCCAACCUCUCAAAAAAACAUGUUUCAAUGGAUUCUUAGGAAUUUAAUUCCAAAUUCAGCUAUGUUUUGGAGUUUAGUUAUGGAAAUCGUGGAUCCCUAUUGAGAGCUUAGUUUUGCUGCCAGCAAUGUGGAACUUGCAAUAUUUAUUUUUUCCUCCUGGAAUUCAGGGCAAGAUGGGACCACACACAUAAUUAUUUUUAUGUAAAUAUGAUUUCUUUAUUCGAAAGUUCUGCCUCAGAUGUUGACUUUUAAGUGUUUUCCAUUUAUCCACACUGGGGACAGAAGCUCACUGCCCAUUUUUACCAAUUUCUACAUUUUCUAAUUGCCCAAAUGGCACAAAGCAGCCUUUUACCUUAAAACAAAUCCCAUUCAUUGUAUUAAUUUAACACUGAAAUAUUCUGAAUGCGGUAAUGGUACACAUAAUGUAUGUCACAAAUAUCUGUAUAUAAAACAUUCCGGCGUUCCUGUAUGUGUAUAUAUCAUACUUUCAUUCUUGUUUAACUUUUUUACAAUUAUAUA